UCCGGUUCCGUGUUCAUUUGUAGUAGGGUUUUAGGGUUUUUUCACAACUUUUCGUCUUUCUUGUGUCGAUCUUCGUAGCUGUUUUCUACCUUCGAUCUCCAUGGACCCUUCAGCAUUAAACAAUCCUCAAUUACAGCAGUUGAUCAACCAAGAAAAAGAAAGAGCAAUGGCAAAUGAGAUGAUAGCAAAACUGACUAGUGCAUGUUGGGAUAAAUGCAUCACUGGUACUCCUGGAAGCAAGUUCAGUUCCGGUGAAUCGAGUUGCCUUUCGAACUGCGCUCAGCGUUACUUGGACAUGAGCAUGAUGAUAGUCAAACGUUUUCAGUCAAUGCAGUAAAAAAGAUGAGGCUUUUGGAUUUUCAUAAUUUUAAUACAUGAUAUGUUUAAUGUCUUCUCAUUGGUUUACAAAUAUUAUCAUGUAUUUCUAACACUUUAAAAUGUUUUUUUUUUCUCCUCAAAGAGAGUGACUUCUGUUUCAAGUA